AUGGACGUCAGUCCUGGGUCAGCUACGACCCAGAACCACACCGCCGCCAUGCUUCUCCCGCUCUUGUUCGGAUCGCUGCUUGGUGAAGUUGCAUUUGCACAGAACGCGAGCUUGCCUGAUUCGGCACAGGUGAUAGAUCAGAAGAGCCUUGCCGUACUCGAAACUGUGGACCCACCCUCAGUGCAGAACUUGUCGAGCGUCUUCCUCCCGCCGGGAAUCACAUCGCAAGACGCAAGCUCGAAGCCGUUCCAUGUCUACGACGAAGCAUUCCUUGAGCUCCUUGGCUCGAAUGUCUCACUAACAUUGAUCGCCUCCAGCGCGAAGGACCCUCUGUUCCAUGAGGCCGUUGUCUGGUACCCACCAACAGACGAGGUCUUCUUUGUCCAGAAUGCUGGCGCCAAGGAUGCUGGGACAGGCUUGAACAAGUCGAGCAUCAUCCAGAAGAUCUCGCUUGCCCAGGCGGAGGCUGUUGCUCAGGGCCUGAACAGCAGUGUUGACGUGAUCGUUGUGAACUCCACGCCGACUGUCAUCAAUCCCAAUGGCGCAACCAACUACCAAGGCCAGAUCGUGUACACAGGUGAAGGUCAAGGGGACGACAUCGCGCCUGCUCUCUUCCUGAUGAACCCUCUGGAACCGUACAACACGACUCAACUCGUAAACAACUAUUACGGCCGCCAACUCAACUCCCUCAACGACGUCGCCAUCAACCCGCUCUUCCCGAACGCCAUCUACUUCACCGACUCGCUCUACGGAGCCCUCCAGGACUUCCGCCCCUGGCCCACAACCACCAUUCCGCCCAUGGUCUACCGCUUCGAUCCCUCUACCGGUGCCAUCCGUGUCGUCGCCGCUGACCUGAACAAGCCGAACGGCUUGACCUUCUCCCCGGACGGCAGCGUCGCUUACGUGACAGACACAGGUGCGCUGGAAGGGUUCUACGGCGUCAAUGCGUCCCUACCGGCGACGAUCUACAGCUACAACGUGACUGCGGCUGGCAAUUUUGCCAACAGGCAGACCUUUGCUUACGUGAGCCCAUGGCGUGCAUGUAUUGAGCCUGACGGUGUGCUGUUGGGCAAGAUCUGGGUUGGGAGCACAGUCGCCAACUUCCGCUUCACGGGCAAGGGGCGAAUGGUGAUCGCGGCGGAGACGAAGUUGUACUAUGUCAAUGGUUGGGGCGUGGAGGGCGGUGAUCCGCAGGAUCAGUAUUGA